GUUGAAGUUUUAUUGAUAUCAUUUAUUUAUCUUCCUCUGCCGCUUUACCUCACCAAUGGCCUCUUCGUCACUCUCUUCUUCACAGUCGCCUACUUCCUCCUCACCAGGUGGCGUGAGAAGAUCCGCACGUCCGCUCCGCUCCAUGUGGUGACGCUCUCAGAGAUCGCCGCCAUCUUCUCCCUCUUCGCCUCCGUCAUCUACCUCCUCGGCUUCUUCGGCAUUGACUUCGUCCAGUCCUUCGUCGCUCCCCGAACCCCGCAAGACGACGACUGGAACAACGUAGUCGGCCUCGAACCAACCCCACUGCCGCCGCCAGAACCGAAAAAGGAGGAGACGCUCCUCUCUAAGGAAGACGAGGAGAUCGUCCAAUCGGUGUUGUCCGGAACGACGGCGUCGUACGAGCUAGAGGCGAAACUCGGGGACUGCCGGAGAGCGGCGGCGAUCCGACGCGAGGCAUUGGAGCGGACGACGGGCCGUUCGCUGGAGGGUCUACCGUUGGAUGGGCUUGACUAUGAGUCGAUACUGGGACAGUGCUGUGACAAUCCGGUGGGGUAUGUGCAGAUUCCGGUGGGAGUGGCCGGACCUCUGUUGCUGGACGGAAAAGAGUACAUGGUGCCUUUGGCGACGACGGAGGGUACCUUGGUGGCCAGCAUCGAUAGGGGCCUCAAGGCCAUCUACGCCUCCGGUGGGGCCAUCAGCGUCCUCCACAAAGACGCCAUGACCAGAGCUCCAAUUGUUAGGUUUGGCUCUGCCGUUAGGGCUGCAGAGCUCAUGUUAUUCGUCGAGGACCCUCUCAACUUCGAUACUCUUGCGGCCGUUUUCAACAGGUCUAGUAGAUUUGCAAAGCUUCUGAAGAUUCAAUGCCAAAUAGCAGGCAGGAAUCUAUACAUCAGGUUUGCUUGCAGCACUGGAGAUGCCAUGGGGAUGAACAUGAUCUCCAAGGGCGUUCAAUAUGUUUUAGAAUACCUUCAAAAUGACUUCCCUGACAUGGAGGUUAUAGGCAUCUCUGGAAACUUCUGCUCAGACAAGAAAGCAGCGGCGGUAAAUUGGAUUCAAGGGCGAGGAAAAUCAGUAGUAUGCGAGGCAAUUAUCAAGGAAGAAGUGGUGAGGAAAGUACUGAAAACCAAUAUGGAUUCCCUUGCGGGGCUUAAUGUGAAUAAAAACUUAAUUGGGUCUGCUAUGGCUGGUACUGUUGGUGGGUUCAAUGCCCACGCCAGCAACAUUGUUUCUGCACUCUUCAUAGCCACUGGCCAGGAUCCUGCUCAGAAUGUAGAGAGCUCUCACUGCAUCACCCAGAUUGAAUCUGUGAAGAAUGGCAAGGCCAUUUAUAUUGCUGUCAGCAUGCCUUGCAUUGAGGUGGGGACAAUUGGAGGAGGAACGCAACUUGCAUCUCAGUCAGCCUGCUUGAACCUACUGGGUGUGAAGGGUGCUAACAAAGAGUCCCCCGGUGCAAACGCAAGGCAAUUGGCCAGAAUCGUGGCCGGUGCUGUCCUGGCAGGGGAGGUUUCUCUUCUGGCAGCCAUUGAUACUGACCAGCUUAUGACCAGCCACAUGAAAUACAACAGAUCUAGCAAGGAUUUCAUACACCUUGCCUCCACCGAAUAGACUAAACCAACCCCAUUGAAUCUUGACCACAGGGGCCUACUAAAAAGGAAAUUGAGGGAAAAAAACAAGCAGAAUUAAAUAAGCUCACCAAGGGACCCUGUUGGUUGGUGGGGUUGGAGGAAGAACAUGGUGGGUUCCUAAUGUCACAUGGGUAAGGAAUAAAAACGAAAGGAAAAUUAGGCCUCUGUGGUUAGUGGUUUACAAAAGAUUGUCUUUAAAAUGCCUGCAAUUAUGAAUUGUGGGGGGAGGGGUUUAUGAGAGCAACUUCUGCUCUUUUAUCUUCUUUUGUGUUUGUCUUCAUGCUGCCACUUCUACUGACCAAGAUGUCUUGGCUCUUAGUUUGUCUGUAAUCUUUGAUUUGUUUGUUAAUCUAUUUUCUAGCUUGUAUUAACUUUUAGGGUUAAAUUAAAUGAUUCCGAAAGGGGUUUUUCGUCAUUUUUCCUU